CUUUGAUUAGCCUUCAUCACAUUAUUUAUCUUAAUAAUCAAUAGGCCUAGAUCUAUAUACUAUAUAGUUAAUAUAGUAUAUGGCAUAUGGUUAUAGAAAUAAGAUUAUAGAUGAACUUUUACAUUCACUCACACUAGCAAUGGAUAUGAGAACAUCGUACUUGCUCCAGUCUUUUGACUCUCGAUUUCAACCAUAUGUUAAAUACCUCUUGUUAGAGAGGCAAAAGGAGAUCACUUGGAAGAAUGAGCCUCUUCAAAUAUUGGAUCCCUGUUCAGGGCGUUUCCCAACAGGAUUGCAUGAUACUCUCAAGGUUGACAGAUUCAAGCUGAAAAUUCCAUAUGCUGAACAAUAUCUGCUCUGGGAAGUUCUGUUUGACCCUGGACACUGGAGAGAACCCCCUGAUUUUAUAUUUAAUGCAGAGGACGAUGACUUUUAUCCACCAUUGGAGAAUAUAAAAAGUAUUGUAAACUGGGAUUGGAGCAGGAAGGAGGGUUUGGCUGAGAUUGUAGCUGAGCUGCUGGAGCUGUACAAAGAGUAUCAGCUGGAGAGGGCUAGCACUAACAUUAACCUACAGAGGCACCUGAGGUCUCUGCUUGCUGAGAGCCCUAAAGACAUGCAAAUAAUCAUCAACAGAACAGAGCGAGGUCUUGGUGUCACCAAUAUACUAGUAAAAGUAGUGUUAAAUUACUCCAGUCUUCCAGCAUACCUUCAACAGGGUAACCCAGGCCAAGACUCUGCAGUCCUUCAUGCCCAGUUCCCCUAUCCUGACAGUGUCAGCGCUAGAGUGCAACUCUUUUUGUCCCCUGCUGUUGAGGCGGCAUUUGGAGGGUCAAGUAAACUACAAGUGCCUAUAUUUCAACCAGGGAUUUUGUUAGGAGAAUAUUUUGUAAUGAUAACACAGCUUUUAAAAAGACAGGUACAGCUUAUAUCUGAUGGAUUCGACAAGAGAAAAGACUAUAUUUCAGCUUUUGUUAGUUACUUUGGAAAAGCAGUUUUAGAGUAUGAUGUAAAGACAUUCACCAAAGUUGUGCUUCUCUUGGAGUGGAAUGAUUUCUUCUUUACCUUCACUGUUGAGCUGCCGCUGUAUUUUCCAAUGGAACAUCCUACAUUUUUAUUUAAAUCUGUGUACCACAACCAGAACAGAAAACCUUAUGUAGAAAAACACAAAGACUUUCCAUACAGCCCAAGAUGGCCAGGCACUGAAAUGGCCAAAAGAGCAGGUUCUUAUAUUUUAGAUGUCAUCAAAGACUUUCAAAAAUCCUCAGUCAAUAACUCAGAUAGAUGAUAGCAGAAUAGUCUUCGACCUGUGACAAACAAUCUCAGUGAUACAGUUAUCAGCACAGUGCUGACUUCUAGGUGGUUAGGAUGCCAGAUUUAGCUUUUCAUCUGUUUUUGUGUCAGUAAAAUUUUGGCACCCAUAAAGAGAAGCAUUCCACAUUAAAUUUAAAAUCCUUUUGUAGAUUUAAGAAAUGAAAAUUGCCUAUGAUAUUUCAAUUUGCUAUUUAUUGUUUUUUCUCCUCAUGAAAAUGUUAAAUAGGAAAUUUGUAUGAGGUAUUCUUGGUAACCAUUGUGUAGUCUACCUGAUUACACAGUGAACAUAAUUCGAAUUGUACCAUUUCCAUUGUUAUUCUGUUGAAUUAUAAUUUUAAGUUGAUUUUCAUUUUUAUUCAAAAGUUUUGGUGGAAACAAAUUUUUAUUUCUUUUAAGAUUAUGUGCUUUAGCAAUUUAUAUUCUACUGUUACAUUUUUAUUUGUACUUAAAAGACAUUUGACUGUAGCAUCCUACAACCGAUUUCCAACAACCUUUGGUGAAGAUGUUAAAAAACCUGAAUUUAAUAUACUAGAGUGUACUACAUUCCUAACACAAUAGUUACCUUUUCAGAAUGUCCAUGUACUUAUAAUAUUUAUAAUACUCUAAUCCUGAUAAUUAGAUUGAUAAAUAAAUGAGAUUUCAUUAUUUUGUUGGGGACAAAUCUUCACAGGUAAACAUCUUGCAUAUGUACAAUGGCUUGCACCAUGGGAGAUGCAAUCUGUGACACAUAGUUUCAGCUCACAACAGUAGUUUCACAAAAAAAUAGCUUAAAGUGGUGAUUGUUUUUGUUGUUUUGUAUAUUAAAUGAAAUAUAUCAAUAUCUAUUCAUUCUCAGCAUUUUUAUUAUGUGCAAUAUUUUUUCACUUUCACACAAUGUUAACCAUUAUCAAUUAGAAUAAUUAAGAUGUUAUUGUAUAACAGAACUAAUUUUGUUAUCAAAUGUAAGACUGUUUAAAGCCAAUGGUGCAAUUAACAGGUUUUGCAUAGAACUUUUAUAUUAAAUGUAUUCAUUUGUUGCUUCUUUUAAAUAUUACAAGUUUUAUUAUUAAAUAAUAUUCAAAACAAAAGGUGCUUGUUUUAUAUCUAGUGAGCUAUGAGAAUAAACAUAUUGUCUGCUUGAAAUUUUGUUUUGAAAGUUAGUAGUAUACCAUCUAAAACUGAUCCUUUUGAAGAGUUUUCUGUAUAUUUUCAAUAAAGAAAAGCUAUGCACUUAUUAUAGCUGCUAAAUUUUAGCAUGCAAUGUCAACACUGCUUGUGUAUUUCACCACAAUUUGUUUAAAAAUGCUAAUUU